UCUACCCACAUAAUUUGAUCCCAGCGUGUGCACUUUUGUAUGCAGAGGACUGGUCACAGGAUGCAGGCUUUGCUGCGGAACGUCUGUCGAUCCGGAACCCGCGGCACGUCUCAGAAGUUCCUGGACUGCACUCCUCCCGGGGCUGCCCAGUCGUUCAUAGAACCUCUGAGGCCUUGCAGCUGGAUUCGUCAAAUCGUGAGCCCAGUCAUUCCACACGAAGGUGUUCAGACUUAUGGUUUCUGCACCAAGGCUCUGGCUGUGAGGGGGUUCUCGACAGUGGCGGCUGCCGAGGAUGAAGAUUCCAGCUCUCCAAUGGUUGACCACCCGCCGAGCAUCAAGUUCAAGAGGCCUGACAAAACGGCCAGGCACAUUAUGAAUAUCUUGAACAAAAAGGCAGUCGACAAAGUCCGCACAGAGAGGGAGAUUCCUGAUGUGCAGCCUGGAUGUAUUGUCCAAAUGAGAGUGCAAGUGCCUGAGAACAAGCGGCGUGAGUCUACAUUGAAAGGCAUCGUCAUAGCAAGGCGCAAUGCUGGGAUCGCUACAACUUUCAGAUUGCGUAGAUUAGUAGCCGGCGUGGGAGUUGAGUCUGUCUUUCCACUGUACUCGCCAAACAUCAAAGAAAUCAAGAUCUUGGACAGGAAGAAAGUCAGGAGAGCAAAGCUGUAUUACCUUAGGGACAGAAUGAAUGCACUUAAGAAAUGAGACCACAACAUGAGCUUGGUUUUUACCGUUUUGCUUCUGAUGUGUAUCUGCAUUGCUUCAGUUGCCAUAGUGCUUGCAGUUGGAGACGCCCGAUGCUUAGUUCCAGCUCGUAGAACUAGUGUCUCCAGUCACCAUGCAUGGUUUCUGGAGCGAAGUGCUAACAGAAGUUUUGUUUCUGUUAUUUGGAAUUUAACAGUGUGGAUCGGUACUAUUUUGUGCUUUCUAGCAGUCAGUGUAAAGGAAAGAAAUAAAACACCCUAGGAUCUGUAGCUCCUCCAUUU